AUGGAACACCUCAUGUCUCCCAAUAAUGUGACUGAGUUUAUUCUCUUAGGAUUAACUCAGAAUCCACACUGGCAGAAAAUACUCUUCGUUGUAUUUCUGUUCAUUUUCCUGUUUACAGUGCUGGCUAACCUGUUCAUUGUAGUCACCAUCUCCCUCAGCCCCACCCUUUCGGCUCCCAUGUACUUUUUUCUCACUUUCUUGUCCUUCAUCGAUGCCUUCUACACCUCUGUCACCACCCCCAAAAUGAUCAUUGACCUGCUCUACCAGACGAGAACAAUCUCCUUGGGUGGCUGCCUAACUCAGCUCUUUGUGGAGCACUGCCUGGGAGGAUCAGAGAUCAUCCUCCUCAUUGUCAUGGCCUAUGACCGCUAUGUGGCCAUCUGCAAGCCUCUGCACUACAUGACCAUCAUGCGGCAGGGACUCUGCCGCCUCCUGGUGGUGGUAGCCUGGAUUGGAGGGAUCCUGCACGCAAUCAUGCAAAUAUUUUUCAUGAUCAACCUGCCCUUCUGUGGUCCCAAUGUCAUUGACCACUUCAUGUGCGAUCUCUUCCCACUUUUAAAACUUGCCUGCAGUGACACCCGCAGGCUGGGCGUGGUAGUGGCGGCCAACAGCGGGGCCAUGUGCUUGCUUAUUUUUACCAUGCUGCUCAUCUCCUACAUGGUCAUCCUGAGCUCCUUGAAAUCUCACGGCUCUGAAGGACGGCGCAAAGCCCUCUCCACUUGUGGCUCUCACUUUACCGUAGUGGUUCUGUUCUUUGUGCCUUGCAUAUUUACUUACAUGCGCCCUGUGGCAACCUACCCUGUGGACAAACUGGUUACUGUAUUCUUUGCAAUCCUCACUCCCAUGUUAAAUCCCAUCAUUUACACAGCAAGGAACACAGAGGUAAAGAAUGCCAUGAGGAGUCUGCUGAAGACGAGUGUAACUUAA